UAUCUUAAAUUCCUGAUUAGAAGCGUCCGUCUCUUGGCAAUAAACCGAAUCCAGAUAAUGAACUCAUCGGUCUGAAUUUUCAAUUGACAGAGAAGAAAUAGCGUCAACAGACUAUCAAACAUUCCAAGAUGUUGGUGCCGAUCUUCACCCUCAAGCUGAAUCAUAAAAUCAAUCCACGGAUGGUGACGAUUGGAAAGUAUGACGGCAAGCAUCCUAACCUCACAGCAGCUACAACAGCUGGAAAGGUAUUUGUCCACAACCCUCACACCCGUGGUGCACGUGGAGGAGGACGAGCCAGCGAGAUAGCGGUGGAUUCCGACAUCAGCCUUCUGAGUAUCAACCAGAAGGUUAGCGCUGUCUGCGCUGGUUCUCUUGAUUCCAUGGGUGUGAAUGAUAUCCUGAUGGUUGGCACGCAGACCAAUCUCCUAGCCUACGAUGUUCAGAACAACACAGAUAUCUUCUACAAGGAUGCAGCCGAUGGAGUAAAUUCCAUUGUGAUAGGCAAGCUAGGAAGUAUCAACUCACCCCUCGCCAUCACAGGAGGAAACUGUGCUCUAUAUGGAUAUGACAUUGAGGGAAAUGAUCUUUUCUGGACUGUGACUGGUGACAACGUGUGUUCCUUGGCACUGUGCCAAUUCUGUGGAGAUGGCAGGAAUCAGUUGGUCGUCGGAUCGGAAGAUUACGACAUCAGGGUGUUUCAGGAGGAUGAGAUUGUUUCAGAGAUGACAGAGACAGAGGCCAUCACAGCUCUUUGCCCGAUGACUGAUGCCAGGUUUGGCUAUGCUUUAGCAAAUGGCACUGUUGGUGUUUAUGAAAAGAAUUCAAGGUACUGGAGAAUCAAGUCUAAGAACCAAGCCGUCACCAUAGAUAGCUUUGAUCUGGAUGGAGAUGGCGUACCCGAGCUAAUCACGGGAUGGAGCAACGGAAAGAUUGAUGCACGAAGUGACAGGACCGGUGAGGUAGUGUUUAGAGAUAAUUUGUCUUCGGCCAUCGCAGGGAUAGUGCAGGGUGACUACAGAAUGGAUGGGAACAUGGAACUCAUUUGCUGCUCAAACGAAGGAGAAGUGCGAGGUUACCUACCCGCCAACCAGGAGCAGAAAGGGAAUCUGAUGGACACCAAUAUUGAACAGGAAACGAUACGAGAUCUGAGCCAGCGGAAGCAAAACCUUAUCCUAGAACUUAAGAAUUAUGAAGAGAAUGCCAAGGCUGGUAAGGAUGAGAGACCGUCUGGUCUUGGUGAUUUAGACAAGGCUCAGAUGGGUAUCAUUCCUGCAAACACUCAACUUCAAACCACUCUCUCAGUAAACUCUGGUGCUGAAAAGACCUCUCCCCAUGUUGAAUUAACAGUGAACACCAGUAAUGAUACAGUUCUGAAAGCUGUUCUUAUCUUUGCUGAGGGGAUCUUUGAAGGAGAGAGUCAUGUCAUACACCCAAACACACCUAAUUUGUCAAAUGCUCUUAAAGUGCCAAUAGUCCCACCCAAAGACAUCCCUGUGGAUUUACAUAUCAAGGCAUUUGUCGGUACAAAAUCAAGUAUGCAGUUCCAUGUAUUUGAGGUGACCCGUCAGCUGCCCAGGUUCUCCAUGUAUGUACCAUGCACAGAUCAAGUCCCUGAGCCAAAGAGUAGUGUAGUGUUUACAGUCAAUGAAAGGAUACAGAGGGUGGUUCUAUGGAUAAAUCAGAACUUCUUGGUAGAUGAAGACGUAGCAGCCGAUACUCCUCUCAAUGUAGGGUUCCUUUCAUUGAGGGGUUCGGGUCCUAUAUUUAUUCAGAUGCAGGCCAAUGGACAGGUAACCAUUCGUACUGAUGACAUGGAUCUAGCAGGUGACCUCAUCCAGGCAUUGGCUUCCUUCCUUGGUAUAGAUGACCUCCAGGUCAUAGCUGAUUAUCCCAUGCACAUGGAAGAUCUCAAAAAUCUACUCAUCAAGGUGGAUGAGUUUCACUCGGUGAGGCAGAAGUUAACAGCUGAGAUGGCCGACCAUUCUAACUUGAUCAGGAGUCUUGUCGUCAGGGCUGAAGAUGCUCGGCUAAUGUCAGAUAUGAGGAAUAUGCGUCGUGGGUACAUGGAAUUGUUUGACCUAAAUCGAGACUUGGUUAAUGGUUAUAAGAUCCGUUGCUCCAACCAUCAAGAAUUGCUCAACUGUCUCAAGCUUGUCAACCAAACUAUUCAGAAGGCUGGGCAGCUUAGAGUUGGAAAGUUCAAGACCCAAGUUGUAUCAUCAUGCAGACAAGCUAUCAAAGAGAAUAACAUCAGUGCCUUGUUUAAGAUCAUCAAGACUGGAACAUCAUGAACAGCAAGGGUUUUUGCAAACAAUCAUAAAACAUCUGGGGCCCAUUUUAUUAAAGAGUUACAACUAAGGUAACUUUGCCAUUAUGGCAGCUCAGCAGCCAAUCACAAUAAAGGUUACCAUGGUAGCUACAAUGAUGCUGAAAUUAACAUAGUUGUCUUUGUGAAACAGGCACCAGGGCAGUGUUACUUGAAACACAAAGUUUGUGAUUUUUAUUCUGACUUUUGUUCUGAGUGACAAGAACUGUUGCAUCUGAUGAGAUCGGAGCAAAAUAGUCUGUGAUUUGUUUCUUGAAAUGCACCCCUGUUCUCUUGCAGUAGUUUGUUUAUGAUGAUGCCAGUCAGUGUUUCCUCUGCCAAAAUAUUUUCUCUUGUUUGGAUGGAAUUUGUAUUGAUAUUCUCACCUUGAUUGUAUGUCAUUUGUAACAUACUGCUUUUCUAUUUUGGGGGGAAUGAUAUUCGUCAUAUUUACUUCUGCUGAUUUACUUUAGUCCUGGAAAAAGUGAUAGACAUAAGAGCUUGGUUGAGGAAGAGAAUGGGCUACAAUAUAUGGCGAGAAUGUCUAGUUGCUAUUCACCAACAAAGAAUGUUUGACAUAGUGAUGUUUGGGAGCUGAAGAACCUGUAUACUAGUUGCGUUUGCAUCUAAUCCAAGGAGUAUCACAUGUGUAAUAGCUGCUGCAACUUGUGUUUGCAAAAGUUAUGGCAAGAUCUUUCUGUAAAGAGAGAAAACAGACUUUUCUUUCCUUUGCAUAGCGGGUUCAUAAGGGUACAUCAUUGGCAUCUGUUCAUCUCAAGAGACGAGGCACCAGUUGAUGGUGUCACAUCUUCCAGAAUGGGCUGUAGAGUCCCACUCUAAAGUGGCAGUCCCUAGAGAACUUUGUGCAGAUGCACAAGGUCAGCGCUGAAUCAGAUGCUGAAAAAAAAGAUGCUGCCCUCACUCCUCCGUCGAGAUGUUGUCUUCGUUAGAAUCCAUCCGUGUUGAGAGAUGAUGGUGGUGUAUGAAAGUUGAUAAUGUCACAACUCCUAGAUUGGCAGUCUGUUUAGCUCUUGGUAUAUACUGUACAAUGGAGAUUGGCUCUGCUACACUUGCCUUCCUCCCAGCUCUCUUAUCAUGCAUAUACUACUACUUAUUUCACUUCAUCCUGCAAGGGUGUAUUUAUUUAGUCUCUGUCCGUCCAAUUAUAUGUGAAAAUUUGU